AUGAUGGCGGGUUUGCCAGGCGCACGCAAUGAAAGGUUCACCACAGAAGAUACCGAUGUGCUUGUCAGAGCAGUCAAAGAACGCGAGUUGGCUUUAUAUGGGGAUGGGAGAAACCCACCCAAAAUUGCUUCCGUGAAAGCGGCUUGGGAGGAAAUCGCCGUAAUUGUUUCAGCAGCUGGACAAAAUAGGACAUCUCUCCAUUGCCGUAAGCGAUACAACGACGUCAGGAGAAGAGGCAAGGCCAAGCUUGCGGCCAACUUGAAAGCACGUCAAAAGACUGGAGGAGGAUCUGGCAGUUACCAGGACCUCACGCCAGCAGAGGAUAUCGCUGCGUCAACACUGACCGCUGAAAGUGUUGAGGGUUUUGGGGGCUUAGAGGUCGGCACCCAACCCGAUGCACCAGCUGUCCAACCCGAAGCUUCUCAGGAAGAAGACCCUGGCCUCGGGACCAGUGCGCACGGGGCAGCUGAGGGAGCCGCGCGGCGCCCUCAAGCAAGACGCCGUGGCAGCAGCAGCAGCAGCAUGAGACCGCAGGACCACCCGUUCCUGCAGCUCCAGCAAACCGGGUUCGACAUGCUGGAGCGGGAGCUGGCCGGGAUGCGGCGAAACACCAACACCCGUCUGGACCGGGUGGCGAUGUUGCUGCGGCCUCUCGGGCGCAUCGCCUCAAGUUUGGACCGGAUUGCGACAGCAAUGGAACGUGCAUGGCCCCCAAACGACCCACCUCCUCCCCCUGUUGUGCCCCUUCCUCCCCCUGUUGUGCCCCUUCCUCCCCCCAUUCCAUCUCCGUCCACCCGCUCCACCAGGAGCACAUCCAGCGUCGCCACUCCCGGACCCUCAUUUGUUGGAUCCCGCCGAGGCAGGCGUAAAAGGCCUUACAGAGGAGGGAGAAAAUAAAUAUUUUUUCCUUCAAAUCUUUGCAACUUUUCAUUUUUCGUUUUGUAUUAUUUUUUUUCAUUUACGCCUAACAUUUGGACAAGCCGAAUAA